AUGCAGACCUCUUUCGUCGCUCUUCUUGCUCUCUCGGCUAGCGCCCUAGCUAUGCCCUCUGCUCCAGCCCCGUCCGAGCAGUUCACUUGCCAGAACGCUACCGAGGGCUUCGCCUGGUCUAUGACUCUCUUCCUGUACGAGUCCGCUGAGAUCUUUACCACGCCUUCGCACCAGAACGCCGACGGCAAGGUUUCCUUCAACAUCUCGAACCCGGGCCUGCUGUCGCUCCAGUCUUCCUCUGGCUGCAGUGGCGACUCGGUCCAGUACCCGGACUACUUCUACGGCAACACUGUCUACGAGUGCAUUGACCCCCGGACCGACACUAACACCAAGACGACCUUCGCCUACGACUCCCCGUCUGCUCUCCUUAGCGUCAACCAGACCUGGACCUGCCCGGAUGCGACCAACCCUAUCACCUUCUUCGCCGCUGGAUCUGUUAACCUUACUCUGAUUACGAGCAAGAGGAACUACUCCAACCCUGACUGGAAGAUGGGCGAGACCUAUUCUAGCAAGACUACCGUCAGCAACGGCCCGUAUUUGGUCCCCAUUACGGCCUUCCACAUCUCCGCCAUCGCUUAA